AAACGGACGUCGAGGCGGCGAUGAGACUCCCUCUGGCUUUCGCCGUGCUCCUCCUGGCCUCGGCGCGGGCGCUGGCCGAGGAGAUGGGCGCCCCCGACGACCUCAGCUACUGGUCGGACUGGUCGGACGGGGACGCGGGGCAGGAGGAGCUGCCGCUGCCCCUGGAGCAUUUCCUGCAGAGGAUGGCCAGGAGACCCCGGCCCCAGCAGUUCUUCGGCCUCAUGGGCAAGCGCGAUGCCGGUUAUGGCCAGAUCUCUCACAAAAGGCAUAAAACAGAUUCCUUUGUUGGACUUAUGGGAAAAAGAUCUUUAAAUUCUGGAUCCUCUGAAAGGAGCAUAGCACAGAAUUACGAAAGGAGGCGUAAAUGAGACAUUCCCAUGCAUUAUUUAUUAAACUUCACUUGUUCCAAUGGCCAAUGCAGUGUAAUAUAAACUAACCACUGAAUGGAAUAAUUAUUUAUUUAAUAAUAACCAAUGGGGGUUGUUUUUUUUUUUAGUUAUGCAUUCAAUAAAAUGAUUAUUUUUCACAUUGUGGCAGCGAUACAUGUUGUGUAGGUGCUUUGUGGUUCUGAAAGGACCAGUAGCCCUGGUGUCAUCUCACAACAAAGCACAUUGUUUGAUAUGACCCGUAAAGUUAUGUUCACUAAACAAAGAAAAGAUUUUGUUCAUUGAAAGCGAGUCUAUCAGCUUCACAGCCAGUGCAGAACAAAGCUGAUGUACAGUCUAGUGCCUCAAUUUGUUUUCAUGGUUUAUAAUGUACUGUAAUUUCUGUAUCAAAAAAUAUAUUUGUAUCAUUGCAGCAUGUUUUAUGUUUUGUGACUACUUAUCUAUAUAUUUUAAAAAGGAUGAGGGGGUAAGAUUUGAAUGGAAAUCCGAGGUCCUAAUUUCAUAAUCUGGAAUUUUAUGAUAGUAACAUUUUAAAUAAAAACUAUUCUGGGGAUUUUGCAACAUAUUUUCUUUGGUGACAGUGACAUUGGUGUGGAAUGAGACUUGGAUCCGAGUGACAGUGACUGGAAAGAAAUGUCAGUUUAAUGACUUCCUUUUGCAGGGAGGCUGUAAGUCUCCUAAUGCAGGUUUGGCAAAUCUGCUACUGGAGACAGGAAUUCCCGGGACUGCUCCAGGUCACACAAGUGUCCUCCAUCCUAAACCCAAUGGAAGUCAAGUUGACUGAAUGAAAAGGGCCCAAUGCAUCCCCCAGCUCCAAGUGGAGUAAUUUGCUGUGGAAUUCAUCCACUACUGUGGCUUUAUUAUUUGAAAGCCAAGCUUUUAAUAAAUUCUAGCCCUCAGAUUC